AUGGCGUCUCGUGAGGCCAAACGCAAGCAGUUGGAAGCGCUCAAGGCGGCCAGGGCCGGUGGUGGACGUGUGUGGGAGGUAAGUGUCACGCCGGACUCUCACUGCGCGGUCGACGCGACGGUGUGGGCGACGCGUGGCCACGGGCUCAUCUCCACGGUCACGCGUUCGGCGUCGGGGAACAAUCACCGGACUCGUGCUUCGAACAAGACCAACUGACCGUCGAAUCUCACACUCAUGUACAGAACAAGGAACAGGCCCCCGUAUUCGAUGUUGUCGACGAGGAAAGCUAUCGCUCCGUCGUCAAAGGUCGUUUGGCCGAGGACGACUUUAUCGAGGAGGACGGAGGCGUCACGGGCUAUGCCGACAACGGCGAGGACCAUUGGGAUCGUAGUGAUGAAGAAGGGCAUAGCGACGACGAGGAGCGAGGUGAGUCUCGUCGUCUCAGGAAUGCUCCACCUGCAGUGGAAUUGGUCGCGACGCGUCGAGGCGCGCACGCGGCGGAUCUUGACCCCAAUGGCUGACCCCCUCCGCGAUGGUCCCGGAACGCUCCACCAGAACUCAGAGAAGCUGCCCAAAAGCAGAAGAAAAAGGAACGUGAGGCGAAGAAACAACAGUCGGCCGCCGCCCUCAAGCGCAAGGCCAAACAGCCCAUCCUCGCUCCCGGAGCGAACCCUUACAUCAAGCCAGCCAAGGAAGAGGCCGAAGUCGAGGACUUUAUGGCUUCGCUCAUGGGUGACCUUGAUGGGCAAGAGACCGUUGUCAACAAAUCCAAACCCAAGCCUCAGCCCGCUGCGAGCACGUCGAAGCUGGACAGGUUCGCCAAAUCGACCUCACUGAGCAGUUUGAAGCGACGCGCUGGCGCGGACGACCCCAUGGGUGCCGAGCGCGGGAUCGCCAGAACGACCUCGUCCUCGGACGUGCAUGCAUCGGACCCGCUCUCUUCCGAACCUUACUACGGGAACGGACGCGAGACCGGCCCUUCGAGUGAUGGAGACGAGACUGCAACGGUGCUCCACGUUGUGGGCAAGAAGGCGCGCUUCAGCGAAGUCGAGCACGACCUGGGCGGAGCUGUGCAGAGUUUGGCUUUCGCGGAAUCGAAGAAGGGCAACGAGAUUGAGCAAGACGUUGACGCAGCCAACACUACCAUCGUCAAAGUCAAAGCCGAGGAGGACGCCGAAGAGGACGACGAUAACUUUUUCGUCAAGCCGUCAGCACCGGUGGUCAAGCCCAAAGGAGCCCCCGUGCGCCGCCAGCUCGUCAACACCAGCGCCACCAAAGCUGCCGCCGUCAAGCCCGAAAGGAUCGAACUCAAUAUCCCUGGCCUGCCCGCCGCUCCUCCUUUGGCAGUCGAUGCUAAAGCCAAGCCCAAGGGAACGGAUUGGCGCACUGCGACUUCGCAACUCGCUGCGGUCGAAAUGCCUGCAAACUCGAUGGACGAUGUCAACAUGAGCGAUGCCAGCCUCGGCGACGAUGCCGACAACCCUUUGCCUGUGCCUGAGUCGCUGCGCAAGGUUGUCAAGACGACCGACGUUGUCCUCGAGCAGGUCCAGAGCAAGGAAGAGGACGGGUCCCUGCGCUUCUACUGGUUUGACUACGUCGAGCCGAGCCCCGGACAACUGUGCCUGGUCGGGAAGGUCAAAGUUACGUCGGCUCAGGCCGACAACAAGGGCAAAGUGGCCUCCAAAGCCGAUCGAUACGCCAGCGCUUGUCUGACUGUCACCGGACUCCGCCGCAAGCUUUUCGUCUUGCCCCGCGCCAAAGCACUCGACAUGGACGGGAACGAGAUUGACGACGAGGACGGGCCAGAGUUUGAUGAUGUCGUCGCCGAUUUCGAUGAUACGGCCGAGUCCAAGUGGAAUGUGAAGAAUCUCGAAGUCGUCGGUGAGACCUGGGUCAAGAAGAAGUACUCUUUCGGUAUCAAAGGUAUUCCUCGCGAAGAGACGGAUUGGGUUGAGUUUGCUUCGGAUUUCCCUGGUGCGUGGACAGGGACCGUGCCAGUUCUUCUCAUGCGAUACAGAUGCUAACUUGUCGAGUCCCUCAAUAGCCAAAUUUGCCGUCGAUAUCCCCCUGAACGCCUCGGGCGAGCGGUUCAGCCACGUGUUUGGUUCCACUGCGAGCGCCUUCGAGACGUUUGUCGUGGCGAACAGGAUCAUGGGACCGUGUUGGCUCAACGUCAAGGCACCCGUUUACAGCGACCCGAAAAAGGCCGGUGCGACGUGGACCAAGCUCGAGGUCUCGGCCGAUCAUUCUACAAUCCAUCCCUUCUCUGACCAGGAUCCGACCGCGCCGACUGCGGCCCCUCCGCUCACGAUCAUGAGUCUCAGUAUGCGCACGGUCGUACAUAUCACCGACAAUAAGCGGGAAGUCGUCUGCGCAGCUGCCCGAGUUUGGACCGAUGGUGCGUUUACCUUGUCGGCAACGUCCCAUGCCAGACCUGCUGACCACAGUGCAUUGUGCCAACCUCUCCUUAGCAAACAUCGACGACCCCACACCUCUGGAAAAGCAACCCUCGCAGAUGACGAGCAUGGUCCGCAACCUCUUUACCCCUUUCCCCGUUGGUUUCGAGGUCGCCGCUCGAGCGACGGCCAAGACCUCCCGAGACCGCAUCAUCCCGUUCAAGGACGAGAAGACGCUCUUGACCCAGCUCGUGUCGAUCAUUUUCCGACACGACCCUGAUAUCAUCGUCGGGCACGACUUUGUCGCUGGCGACCUCGACGUUUUGCUCAAUCGCUUGAAAGAGCUCGGGAUCGAGACAUGGUCCAAGGUCGGACGAUUCCGAAGGCCCAAAUGGCCCAAGCUCACCGCGGGGCGCAACCUAAAGUUGCUCGAUGGUCGAUUGACUUUGGAUCUUUCGAGUGACAACUCCAAGGUGGGUGCCGAAAGUUGCUGGAUUUUCUGGGAGACAAUACUAACAGACGAAUGGGUUGAAAUAUACAGGCCGUUAUCGACUCCACGACGUGGACUUUGACUGAGAUGUGCAAGACCCAUCUCGACAUUGAUCGGGAAGACAUCGACCCCGAAGACACGGCUAAGUACUUUGACAAUGUGCACUCGACUGCGGCGCAACUUCUGCAUUUCGUACAGCACUGCGGCGCAGAUUGCUACCUUCAGAUGGCCGUCGCGUUCAAGGUCCAGGUCUUGCCUCUCACUCGACAGCUCACAGUCUUUGCCGGAAACUCCUGGUAAGUGUUUCCAGCCCCCUAAAUGCGGUUCAAGCCAUCACUGGCGCUCAAUUUUCUUAUGCUUUGUCUAGGAAUAAAACACUCGCUGGAAACCGAGCCGAGCGCAACGAGUACGUCUUGUUGCACAAAUUCACGGCGCUUGGUUACGUCUGCCCCGACAAAGUCGCCUCGUGGGAGAAGAAGGCCCAAAUUGCCAAAGAGGAUGCCAAAUCUAGAAAGGGCAAGAAGGGCAAGGCCGAUGAGGAAGGGGAAGCUGUCGUCAAAGUCGAGAUGAAGAAAGCCAAGUUCACUGGUGGUCUCGUCUUUGAACCGAUCAAGGGCUUGUGGGAUCGGUACGUGCUCGUGAUGGACUUCAACUCGCUGUACCCGAGCAUCAUCCAGGAGUUCGAUAUCGACUUUUCGACUAUCGACUGGACUGCAGAUGAGGCGCAAGAUGUCGAGACAAUGCCUGAGCGACGACCCUGCGAGGGCGAGCCGCAAGGCAUUUUGCCGGACCUUAUCGCUGGUUUCGUCAAGCGCCGUCGCCAGGUCAAGAACAACAUGAAGGACAAGAACGUUUCGGCGAGCAAGAUGCAACAAGUAGGUGUUGGUGCCGACUUUAGCCAUGGGUAGUCAUUAGCAUGCUGAUACACCGACCAUCGCUUGCAGUACGACAUCACGCAAAAAGCUCUCAAACUGACCGCCAAUUCUAUGUACGGUUGUCUCGGAUAUGAGGGGUCGCGUUUUUACGCCAAGCCGCUUGCCGCUCUGACCACGUUCAAGGGUCGAGAGAUCUUGACCAAUACGAAAGCCGAUGCUGAAAGUCUCGGCCUCAGCGUCAUCUACGGUGACACCGAUUCGGUCAUGAUUAACACGAACCAAACGGAUAUCCAGGCCGCAUUCAAGAUCGGCAACGACUUCACAAAACUCAUCAACGACAAAUACAAGAAGCUCGAGAUUGACACGGAUGCAGUGUUCCAACGCUUGCUGUUGCUCAACAAGAAAAAGUACGCUGCGCGCAAAGUCGAGGACGACGGUACCAUCAAGACCGAAGUCAAGGGUCUUGAUAUGAAGCGUCGAGAAUUCUGCGCGCUCUCCAAGGGUGCAUCGCAGUUCGUCCUCGACUGCAUCUUGUCCGGCGAGUCGACCGAGGUCGUGAUCGAGCAGAUCCACGAGUACCUGUCGACACUUGGCGAGCGCAUCCGUGCUGGUGUCGUCCCCGUUGACGAGUACAUUAUUUUCAAACGACUCGGAAAGAACCCGCAGGACUACCCCGACGCCAAGUCACUCCCGCACGUCCAGGUCGCCCUCCGCAUGCAAGCCAAAGGACAGUCGGCUAAGAGUGGUGAUGUCGUCCCUUACAUCUUCUGCCUCCCCGCUGAUGGCGUUUCGGCCAAGAGUGCCAAAGCCGUCAACGCGCACCACCCCGAUGAUGUGCGACGCCAGGGCUCGACCCUCAAGAUCGACUUCGAGGUCUACCUCGGUGUCCAGGUCUUGCCUCCCAUCGAGCGUCUGUGCGAGCAUAUCGACGGUACCGAGAAGGCGCGCCUUGCCGAAUGCCUCGGACUCGAUGUGACACGAUAUCGCUCGACCGUUGAUGCUCCGGAGCGCGAUUUCAAGACGCUGCACUCGCAGGUGUCUGACGCGCAGCGCUUCCGCGAUGUCGAGCCGCUGCGCAUUCGGUGCAGGGUUUGCGAGACCGAGUCCAUCUUUGAUGGCUUGGUCAAGAAUUCGGUGAGUGAUCUACAUCCAUCUAUCUUCACAAAGGGUCACGAACCGCGAACUGACCAGAGAACACGAUCCCCGCAGACGAACAUGGUCUCCAAAUCGGGCUUCUUCUGCACCAACACGGACUGCCUCGAGCCGCUGUCGACUGCCUCGAUCGCUAUCCAGAUCGACAAUCAGAUCCGGGGUGCGAUCGCCAAGUUCUAUGAGGGCGUCAUGGUCUGCGACGAACCGACAUGUGGCUACAAAUCCCGCAUGAUGAGCGUGUACGGUAAGCGGUGCCUCAACCCGGGGUUGACGUGCCGUGGAACGGUCCAUUUCGAAGUGAGUCGAGGGCGACGAGCAUCCAACGGGAAGCAUCUUGCGGCUGACAGAGCUCCUUCGAACGCGCUAUCAGUACAACGACUUGCAGUUGUACAACCAGAUCCUGUUCUUCGACACCUUGUUCGACCUCGAGCGCGCACGGACAAAAGCUGCUAGCACAACGACUCAGGGUACAUUCGCUUAAGCUGACUGCCCGUGUCUUCUCCGAAUUAAGUCUAACCCACAACUUCACGACGACGUGCAGAUCAAGUGAAUGAGAUCAUGGACGCGCAGAAGCCUACGUUCGAGACGUUGCGCUCGGUGAUCACCAAGCACCUCGAAAAGAACGGUCGACGAUGGGUCAACAUGCAGUCCUUGUUCGGGUUUAUGAGCGUAGUUAACCGGUGA